AUGAAUAGUCUCAAAGUGCCGCCGCUCCUAUUGCAGACACCAGGCUUCGCACACUAUGGACUCGCAUGGUCACCCUUCCAUGAGUCGCGCCUGGCCGUCGCCUCUGCGGCGAACUAUGGCUUAGUGGGAAACGGCAGGCUUCACUGCACCUCGAUCGGACCGGGCUCUGCAGGUGCGCCGGCGUUGCACCUUAACAAACAAUAUGAUACACAGGACGGCCUCUACGAUGUUGCGUGGUCGGAGAUACACGAGAACCAGCUCAUAACCGCGUCAGGAGACGGGUCAAUAAAGCUGUGGGAUGUUAUGAUAAACGUGAGUGCUGUUGCGACGCGCAUAGCCGCUGAUCUUCCUAUCCUUGCCUGGCACGAACACACACGCGAAGCAUUCUCCGUUGAUUGGUCAAAUGUCAAGAAAGACCUUUUUAUCUCAUCUUCGUGGGAUGGCACCGUCAAGCUGGCAAGCUGGUCCACAGAACGUCCGCGGUCAAUCUCAACGAUACAGGCGCAUACAUCCUGUGUGUACCAAGCCCUCUGGUCGCCGCAUCAACCAGACGUCCUGGCUACAUGCUCAACCGACGGCACACUUAAGAUCUUCGAUUUACGUGCGCCAGCCUACGUGCCGGGCAAUUUCACGACGCCUGUUUCGGCAGCAGCGCUGACUGUGCCUGCGUCGGGAACCGAGAUCCUGACGCUAGAUUGGAACAAGUACCGGCCAUUUGUGCUUGCAAGCGGCGGUGUCGACAAGGUGAUUCGUGUGUGGGACUGUCGAAUGGUGAAGCUAGGUCCCGAAGCCGCGAACACACCUGGCGUCGGGGGCGUGUGCGAGUCCCAACUCAUUGGGCAUGAAUGGGCGAUAAGGAAGCUGCAAUGGAGUCCGCACCGCCCAGAUCUAUUGGCUUCUGCAAGCUACGAUAUGACAUGUCGCGUGUGGGCGACUGCACCAACGCCCGACGGCAGUAAUUUGCUCCAUAUCCAUGACGCACACACGGAGUUUGUGGUUGGUUGUGCGUGGUCGCUAUAUGAAGAACGUGUUCUUGCUACAUGCAGCUGGGACUGCAAAGUGAACGUGUUGCGCGUGUAG